AUGACACCUGGUAUGCCUGAAUCCCUCAAUCCUUCUCAGGAAAAAUGCAUGUAUGUAUCAAGCAGCCAGUACCAAGGAGUGUACUCUACACAGAACUUCACGAAUGUACUGACGACAUCAUUUGAAAUAGCCGUGCGAGCAACAUCGCUACCAGCAUGGGCACCCAUUCUAAUGUCUUCAGCCAUGACAUCGGUCACCAAGGAUCGACCAGCAUUGAUUCUACAGCGAUUUUCGUGCAGUACAGCAGAUCACCCACCUCUUUAUAUCAUUGUUCACCGUGUAGAAGGACUUCCUGGCCCUCGAGUGACCAUUCAAACUGCUUUUGGCAGCAUCCACAGCGUCUCAAUUUCCACCCUGGACACGAAGGGGAUCAAGGAGGUCGAAGUCUUUGAUAAUUUCGAGAGAUCGUCAAUCGACAAGAGAAACUCUCUUUCCGUCAUUCCUGGGGCUCUUGACCAAGAUGAGCCCUCUUUGUUUCAACGCGCUGUCUCUAAAGGACAUGCCGACAUUAGUACUUCUGUCACUCUUGCAGUGUUUGCAGAAGAGACUUUACGCCCCACGAUGGACCAUCAUGCCAGUUCAUUUGUAGCCAUUAGAGCUGAAGGCAGCAGCGGCGACUGCACACCGAUUUCAACAGUUGUCAUCAGUACGGUCGAUAAGGUAUGGUCUACAGUCUUUGGUGUCGGAAAAAAGUUUCCGGACAGCGAACUCUCUGACGACGCCUUUAGCAUGGCUGCAACCGAUUCAGUGGUCAACAGAAGGAGUCAUUGUGGAACGCCCAUGUCCCGAACAGCAUCGGAGACCGCUUCAGUGACCACCCUCCACUCUGUCGAACCAGAAUACCAAGUACCCGCGUACAAGGGGUUUGAGGACCAGGAAGAUUAUUGGCGCAAGAUAUACCCACUGACCGCCCUCGCCCAGCGAUGCAGCCAUUUACGGGAGAAAAUCAUCAAGUCUGCGUCGAUGCACAACUGA